AUGAAUCAUGAUUUACGAUUUAAAAAUGUCAAAAAUAAUAAUAAUAAUACUAUUGGAAUGUGUAAUUUGUUUUAUUUGAAUGGAAUUAACAUUAAUAAUAAUAAUAAUAACAAUAAUGAUAAUAGUACUAAUAAUACUACUGAUAAUAGUAGUAAUAGUACUAACGAUAAUACUACUCAUAAUGAUAGUAGUAGUAAUAGUAAUAAUACUAUUGGAAUGUGUAAUUAUUUUUUUUUGAAUGGAAUUAACAUUAAUAAUAAUAAUAAUGAUAAUAGUACUAAUAAUACUACUAAUUAUAGUAGUAAUACUACUAAUAAUGAUAAUAGUAAUAAUAAUAAUAAUACUGGUAUUAUUAAUUCCUACUGUUAUCUAAUUAAACAACUAUGUAUGAGAUUAGAAUAUAUGUUUACCGAAACACAAACAAAAUACGAACAAAAUGUGUUGGCAACAUCACUUGAACAUCUGAAUCAUAUGAUUCAUUUAUGGGGUCGAUCAGGGAAUUUACUUGAAGAAAGUCGACGUAUUGUACCAGUACAUUUAAGAUUAGGUGGUGUCACUGAUGGUCUAAGUACAAAUACUGAAUCAGCUAGUCCUGUAAUGGCACGUAUGUUAACUUCAUUAACAGGACCAAAUUAUGAAUUGAAAGAAGGUGAAGAAGUUCGAUUAAUCUCGAAUAAAGAUGAUCAACAUUUUUGGACAGUACAAACAAAUAAUGGAAUAGUGAAAAUACCAUCAGUUUGUUUAUGGAUAAGUGAUCCAGAUUUGGAGGCUGUGAAACGAUCAGUCAUACUUCGUGAAAAAUGUAUUGAAUCAUGGGAUUUACUUGUGGAAAGAUCACGUGAACGAUUAAGAUCCUAUUACAGUUGUUUGUUAAAUCAAAUGGCAGAAAAUGGGGAUAUUCAAUAUCAGCAUAAAAUAGCAAUAGAUAAUUUUCUAGAAGAUUUAAGAGGUCUUCUUUUACCAAAUGAUAAUAGAACAAAUGAAUUGAAUCAAGCUAUGUAUGGAUUUACAGAUAAAUUAAAAAUGACUGAUAUUAACAGACAACGUAAUUCACAUGGUGUAGUUUUAAGAGAACAAGAUAUUGUUUGUAUGCAUAGUCCAUUAUUAAGACUGCGUGAUCAUGAACGUCAAAUGGAACAUUUACGUGCACAAUCUGAACUAGUUGGAACACAUAUGACAAAUUAUUUACGUGAUAUUGAUGCAGAUCAAAAACGAGUUGAUCAAGAAUUAUCAUUGAUAGAUCAAUUACAACAUGAAAGUCAAUCUCAACUGGAUCAAUUAAUAAAUCGUGUAAAAAGAUGGAGUAGCCGGUAUGAGCAUGAACCGAAUAUCGAUUCAAGUAUAAGCAAUUCUAGAAUGAGUUCUAGUUUAAAAUCUAGUACAAUAUCUGACAAUUGGACAGGAGGUGGUGGUAAUCAUCAAAUGUAUCAAACAACCGAUGUAAGAUCACCUCAAUCUAUUAUUAGAGAAACAUCACGAUUAUCAUCUAGUAUAAGAUCUGAAUCAAUUCCACGUCCAGUACUUGAUGCUAUUACACAAAUUGGUGUUACAACUAAAACUAUAGGAACUCAAAUUUCUAAUUUAUAUGAUCUUACUACUGAUAAUGAUGGUCGUGGUGAAAUAGAUUUACGCCGAUCUAAUAGACAAUUUAUGCCAACAAUAAUGCCUGAAAGAAAACAAGUAAGAAAUGCAAUAACUCAAAUUGGUGUUUCAAAAGCUGAUGCAAGCACACAAGAUGACUAUCCUAGAUCUAGUCCUAAACGUUUAGUUAAAGAAGUUUUAUGUCAAAUAGGUCAAGUUACAACAAACACUUCAUGUCAAACAUUAGAACCUUAUAAACCACAAAAAAUGCAUAAAACAUCUAAUUUGGAUGCGAUAGUUCAAUCUGGUGUUGUCACAAAAAAUAAUUCCACUCAAUCGGAAUAUAUCACAGAAACAUUUGUUAAAAUGAAUCAACUUGAAUUACAAAAAGCUGCAAGAAAAUACAACGUACUAGAUGCAAUUUGUCAAAUAGGACAAGUAACACAAACAACUGGAACACAAAUAAAUAUAAGAGAUUCAGAAAGAAAUAAGAAAAACUUUGGCAUACAAGUAGAAAUGAAUGCACCAUGGCAAAAUCCAGUAAAAACAACUGAGGCCGCAUGUCAAAUAGGUAGGGUAACAAUGAAUGCAAACACAGAGACGUCACCAAUGAUCAUUAGUAAAGAAAACAAUGCCAGACAAGAUGUUAAGAAAACAGAUAUAACGUGUCAAAUUGGUCAAGUUCAAAGAACAACAGCAACACAGACCGUAGUUACAGAAAAAUAUAUAAAACCGACAUCUGAUGUAGUCUGUCAGGUAGGAAGUGUUAUGGCAUCCGCUGCGAUGCAGAUAGAUGAGCCACGAAAAACUCCUGUGUUACUGGCAGGAACUCAAAGUGCCAGGACAUCGACUCACAACAAGGAUAUACAAGCAGAUAUGGGAUUCCGAAUGGAGCCGACGUUUGUGCCGAAGGCUGUCAGUGAUGUCAUAUGUCAGGUUGGACAGGUAAAGAAUGAAGUGUCAACACAGUCAGUCGAAUACACAACUGGUAGACCAGCAUGUAAAGAAACGGGCGUCGAUCCGAUUCACGCAUGGGAGAAGAAGAUAGCCAAUGACGUCGUUACACAAACAGGAGUCGUUCACACAUCUAAAACAACACAAGCUGAAUUGAUACAAGAACAACCUGUAUAUGUGAAGGCGAUAGAAACUCAGGAUGUACCAAUCACAUCGUACAAGCAGACCAUAGAUGCAUACCAACAAGUUGACCUAGUCAAGCAUAUGUGGCGCAAGCCGACAUCUGAUGUAGUCUGUCAGGUAGGAAGUGUUAUGGCAUCCGCUGCAAUGCAGAUAGAUGAGCCGCGAAAAACUCCUGUGUUACUGGCAGGAACUCAAAGUGCCAGGACAUCGACUCACAACAAGGAUAUACAAGCAGAUAUGGGAUUCCGAAUGGAGCCGACGUUUGUGCCGAAGGCUGUCAAUGACGUCAUAUGUCAGGUUGGACAGGUAAAGAAUGAAGUGUCAACACAGUCAGUCGAAUACACAACUGGUAGACCAGCAUGUAAAGAAACGGGCGUCGAUCCGAUUCACACAUGGGAGAAGAAGAUAGCCAAUGAUGUCGUUACACAAACAGGAGUCGUUCACACAUCUAAAACAACACAAGCUGAAUUGAUACAAGAACAACCUGUAUAUGUGAAGGCGAUAGAAACUCAGGAUGUACCAAUCACAUCGUACAAGCAGACCAUAGAUGCAUACCAACAAGUUGACCUAGUCAAGCAUAUGUGGCGCAAGCCGACAUCUGAUGUAGUCUGUCAGGUAGGAAGUGUUAUGGCAUCCGCUGCAAUGCAGAUAGAUGAGCCACGAAAAACUCCUGUGUUACUGGCAGGAACUCAAAGUGCCAGGACAUCGACUCACAACAAGGAUAUACAAGCAGAUAUGGGAUUCCGAAUGGAGCCGACGUUUGUGCCGAAGGCUGUCAAUGACGUCAUAUGUCAGGUUGGACAGGUAAAGAAUGAAGUGUCAACACAGUCAGUCGAAUACACAACUGGUAGACCAGCAUGUAAAGAAACGGGCGUCGAUCCGAUUCACGCAUGGGAGAAGAAGAUAGCCAAUGACGUCGUUACACAAACAGGAGUCGUUCACACAUCUAAAACAACACAAGCUGAAUUGAUACAAGAACAACCUGUAUAUGUGAAGGCGAUAGAAACUCAGGAUGUACCAAUCACAUCGUACAAGCAGACCAUAGAUGCAUACCAACAAGUUGACCUAGUCAAGCAUAUGUGGCGCAAGCCGACAUCUGAUGUAGUCUGUCAGGUAGGAAGUGUUAUGGCAUCCGCUGCGAUGCAGAUAGAUGAGCCACGAAAAACUCCUGUGUUACUGGCAGGAACUCAAAGUGCCAGGACAUCGACUCACAACAAGGAUAUACAAGCAGAUAUGGGAUUCCGAAUGGAGCCGACGUUUGUGCCGAAGGCUGUCAAUGAUGUCAUAUGUCAGGUUGGACAGGUAAAGAAUGAAGUGUCAACACAGUCAGUCGAAUACACAACUGGUAGACCAGCAUGUAAAGAAACCGGCGUCGAUCCGAUUCACACAUGGGAGAAGAAGAUAGCCAAUGACGUCGUUACACAAACAGGAGUCAUUCACACAUCUAAAACAACACAAGCUGAAUUGAUACAAGAACAACCUGUAUAUGUGAAGGCGAUAGAAACUCAGGAUGUACCAAUCACAUCGUACAAGCAGACCAUAGAUGCAUACCAACAAGUUGACCUAGUCAAGCAUAUGUGGCGCAAGCCGACAUCUGAUGUAGUCUGUCAGGUAGGAAGUGUUAUGGCAUCCGCUGCAAUGCAGAUAGAUGAGCCGCGAAAAACUCCUGUGUUACUGGCAGGAACUCAAAGUGCCAGGACAUCGACUCACAACAAGGAUAUACAAGCAGAUAUGGGAUUCCGAAUGGAGCCGACGUUUGUGCCGAAGGCUGUCAAUGACGUCAUAUGUCAGGUUGGACAGGUAAAGAAUGAAGUGUCAACACAGUCAGUCGAAUACACAACUGGUAGACCAGCAUGUAAAGAAACGGGCGUCGAUCCGAUUCACACAUGGGAGAAGAAGAUAGCCAAUGAUGUCGUUACACAAACAGGAGUCGUUCACACAUCUAAAACAACACAAGCUGAAUUGAUACAAGAACAACCUGUAUAUGUGAAGGCGAUAGAAACGCAGGAUGUUCCAGUUUCAGUAUACAAGAAAACAUCAGAUAAAGGGGAUCAAACUGAGUCUAUAAGACGUCCGCUAGCCGAUGUAGUGUGUCAAGUCGGUAGCGUUUUUGAAGAUGGGGGAUCACAGACUGAUGCAGAAUAUAGAAAACAGUCAUUUGCAGUCGGUACAAAAAAUAUUUCAGUGUCUCAUAAGGAGUCUGGAACUCAGUUCCAGAAAGACACGUUGUCAUUUACUGUACAAGCUGAUUUGAUUGGUAAAACCAUGAAACGUUCAGUAUCAUGCUUCGACCUUGUAACACAGUGUGGAGUUGUUAGUGACACGAAAGGUUCUCAAACUAUCGAAUUAAUGGAGAAAAUCCAGAGACCAGUUGUUAGACCACAAUUAGAUGUGGUAACACAAGCUGGAGUAAUUAUGAAAACGGAAGGAACAAUGACAAGGACAGAAGUCGUGGAAUGGAUUCCUCCGAUUGUAUCAGUCGGAACAGAUCCGAGACCAGAAGUUACAUCAAGAGAUGUAGGUUCAUACCAAGCACCACCAGUCAUAGAGAGACAAAGUAGGCAAGUACAGGCAGAAAUCAAACCGACAUUCAGACAUACGGAUAUGCAAACAGAGGCUAGAACAAAAGAAACUGUAAUAUCGACGGGUAUGGUUAAAGCAGUUGAAGUAACAACUCAAUCUGCAACAGAAAAAACAGAUAAAGAUGUUCAAACAUUUAUAACAUGUAAGUCAAAAGAAAUACAAACAAUGGACAGUUCGCCAGAAAGUGAAGUGAAAAUGAGAAGCCAACAAACAUCUGCUCGAUUGCAAAGAAGAAAUUAUGACGUACAAACACAAUCAGGAACAAUAAGUAUGUCUCAAGCGUUUCAAACAAAAUUAGAUUAUAAACCGACAACAGAAAAACGAUCAACCGCAAUGCAGCACGAUGUAGACUUAGGAGUGGUGCAAACAACGCAUCUGGCGCCACAAACACAAGAGACACCAACGCAAACUGAACGACCAAGAUUGAAAGACCAGCAAUCGUUUACGUCGUUCAAGUUAAAAACAUUUGAUGUUCAGACUCAGUUCGGAAGUAUACAAACGUCACAAGCUGCGCAAACGUAUAUUGAACAGAGACCAGUAAUCGAAAUGAAGGAGGUAAGCACCGUACACGAGAAACGUCCAGAAACUACCGUACACAAGAAACUACAAGCAAUCGUGCAACCGCCCACUAUCAACACAGAAACUCAGACAAUAGAAGAGAGACCGCCUCCAAUCGUCCAGCCAGCAAGAACGUUCGAUGUGCAGACACAGUCAGGAUCAAUAACCAUGAAUUCAGAAACUCAAACACCACAAGAACGUAAACCAGUAAUCGAGAUGAAGGAGGUGAGCACCGUAUACGAGAAACGUCCAGAACCUACCGUACACAAGAAACUACAAGCAAUCGUGCAACCGCCCACUAUAAACACAGAAACUCAGACAACGGAAAAGAGACCGCCGAUAACGAUCGAUGUACAGACACAGUCAGGAUCAAUAACCAUGAAUUCAGAAACUCAAACACCACAAGAACGUAAACCAGUAAUCGAGAUGAAGGAGGUGAGCACCGUACACGAGAAACGUCCAGAACCUACCGUACACAAACAACUACAAGCAAUCGUGCAAUCACCCACUAUCAACACAGAAACUCAGACGAUAGAAGAGAGACCACCUCCACUCGUCCAGCCAGCAAGAACGUUCGAUGUGCAGACACAGUCAGGAUCAAUAACCAUGAAUUCAGAAACUCAAACACCACAAGAACGUAAACCAGUAAUCGAGAUGAAGGAGGUGAGCACCGUAUACGAGAAACGUCCAGAAACUACCGUACACAAGAAACUACAAGCAAUCGUGCAACCGCCCACUAUCAACACAGAAACUCAGACAAUAGAAGAGAGACCGCCUCCAAUCGUCCAGCCAGCAAGAACGUUCGAUGUGCAGACACAGUCAGGAUCAAUAACCAUGAAUUCAGAAACUCAAACACCACAAGAACGUAAACCAGUAAUCGAGAUGAAGGAGGUGAGCACCGUACACGAGAAACGUCCAGAACCUACCGUACACAAGAAACUACAAGCAAUCGUGCAACCGCCCACUAUCAACACUGAAACUCAGACGAUAGAAGAGAGACCACCUCCACUCGUCCAGCCAGCAAGAACGUUCGAUGUGCAGACACAGUCAGGAUCAAUAACCAUGAAUUCAGAAACUCAAACACCACAAGAACGUAAACCAGUAAUCGAGAUGAAGGAGGUGAGCACCGUAUACGAGAAACGUCCAGAACCUACCGUACACAAGAAACUACAAGCAAUCGUGCAACCGCCCACUAUCAACACAGAAACUCAGACAACGGAAAAGAGACCGCCGAUAACGAUCGAUGUACAGACACAGUCAGGAUCAAUAACCAUGAAUUCAGAAACUCAAACACCACAAGAACGUAAACCAGUAAUCGAAAUGAAGGAGGUGAGCACCGUACACGAGAAACGUCCAGAACCUACCGUACACAAGAAACUACAAGCAAUCGUGCAACCGCCCACUAUCAACACAGAAACUCAGACAACGGAAAAGAGACCGCCGAUAACGAUCGAUGUACAGACACAGUCAGGAUCAAUAACAAUGAAUUCAGAAACUCAAACACCACAAGAACGUAAACCAGUAAUCGAAAUGAAGGAGGUGAGCACCGUACACGAGAAACGUCCAGAACCUACCGUACACAAGAAACUACAAGCAAUCGUGCAACCGCCCACUAUCAACACAGAAACUCAGACGAUAGAAGAGAGACCACCUCCACUCGUCCAGCCAGCAAGAACGUUCGAUGUGCAGACACAGUCAGGAUCAAUAACCAUGAAUUCAGAAACUCAAACACCACAAGAACGUAAACCAGUAAUCGAAAUGAAGGAGGUGAGCACCGUACACGAGAAACGUCCAGAAACUACCGUACACAAGAAACUACAAGCAAUCGUGCAACCGCCCACUAUCAACACAGAAACUCAGACAAUAGAAGAGAGACCGCCUCCAAUCGUCCAGCCAGCAAGAACGUUCGAUGUGCAGACACAGUCAGGAUCAAUAACCAUCAAUUCAGAAACUCAAACACCACAAGAACGUAAACCAGUAAUCGAGAUGAAGGAGGUGAGCACCGUACACGAGAAACGUCCAGAAACUACCGUACACAAGAAACUACAAGCAAUCGUGCAACCGCCCACUAUAAACACAGAAACUCAGACAACGGAAAAAAGACAGCCGAUAACAAUCGAUGUGCAGACACAAUCAGGUUUUGCUAAAUGUGAUUCAGAAACACAAACUUUACACGAACCUCACGCAGUACCGGUUAUAAAGGAUGUCAGUGUUAGACAUGAAUCACAUCACGUACAAACAGUAAACAAGAAACUACAGGCAAUGGUAUCUCUUCCGUCAGAUGAUGUGUGUUUGCAAACAGACGAGCUAACGGUACAUACUGUCAAACCUAUCACUCAGGCAGUUUAUCGGGCCCCGGAAGUCGAACACAAGCAAACACAAGCGGAAUUUAUGAAAACCGCCGUAAAAGCAUAUGAUAUACAAACACAGUCAGGUACAGUAGUCAGUACACAAUCCACGCAAACUAUUCUAGAGGAACGACCACUAGUCCAUACAGCAGAUGUUGGUGUGAUUCAUAGUGAGAAAUCACCAUCACUGGUAAACAAGAAAUUGCAAGUAACCAUGCGUCAAUCAGUUGACAACACUAGCAUGCAAACUGACCCGAUGGUGCAAAUUCCAGUUGUUGUGCCCAAGACCACAUUCGAUGUUGUCACUCAGUCUGGUACAAUAUUCUGUGCACAAGCUGUUCAGACUGUUCCUGAGGAACGACCUAUACUACACACUGCGGACGUCAGUGUAAUUCAUUCUGAGAAAUCGCCAUCUGUGUUGCACAGGAAUGUUCAGGCAACCGUGCGUCAAUCACUUGAGAACUCUAGCACGCAAACUGACCCGAUGGUGCAAAUUCCAGUUGUUGUGCCCAAGACCACAUUCGAUGUUGUCACUCAGUCUGGUACAAUAUUCUGUGCACAAGCUGUUCAGACUGUUCCUGAGGAACGACCUAUAAUUACACACUGCGGACUGUCAGUGUAA